AUGUCCGCGUCGCCCACCCAACCCGCCAACUCGGCCAAGCGCCCCCUCGAGGAGACCUCGUCCCCUUCGCGUAGCAACGACCAGCCCGACGCGAAGCGCCCAGCCUUGGACAAAAUACUGAAGAGCGAUGAGGAGGUUGAGAUGGCGCAGCCACUCGACGCAACUACCAUCCCAUCCACGGAUGUGAACGGUGCCGACAAGACCAACGGCGCUGAUACAAAGUCUGAGGCUGGCGACGAAGGCGCCGAAGGUUCCGAGACGAAGCCUAUCCAGAGCUCCGUUGCCGGCUCCGUUCCCGCGACCUCCACGCCCUCGGCAAGUCACGAUGAGAGAGAUUGGAUUCACAUUCGCGCUGUCAUUUCCAGCCCGGAAGCUGCCACCGUCAUUGGAAAGGGUGGAGAAAAUGUAUCAAACAUUCGCAAGAUGUCGGGUGCCAAGUGCACCGUUAGCGAUUACCAAAAGGGGGCCGUUGAGCGCAUCUUAACCGUUAGCGGCGUUGUCGAUGCUGCUGCAAAGGCCUUCGGUCUCAUCAUUCGGACUCUCAACAAUGAGCCUCUGGCCGAGCCAUCCAGUGCCCAGUCAAAGACGUACCCUCUGCGCCUGCUCAUCCCUCACAUCUUGAUCGGUUCCAUCAUCGGAAAGGGCGGCGCUCGUAUCCGCGAGAUCCAGGAGGCUUCCGGUGCAAGGCUUAACGCGUCCGACUCCUGCCUGCCUCUGUCGACCGAGCGUUCGCUGGUGGUUAUGGGUGUUGCUGACGCGGUUCACAUCGCUACAUACUACGUCGGCAGCACCCUGCUAGAGCAGCUGAAUGACCGGUUCGGUGGACCUGCUGCUUCCGCAUAUGCGACAAGGAGUGGUGGCCCCGCUGGCGUUGUCCCUGGCGGCAUGCAAGUUGUCCCAUACAGCCCGCAGCCAACCACUGGCAACUACGGUAACCGCGAUAACUACAACCGCAGACACGACGCUCGCGCCCAACAUCACGGCCUGCCAGCUGCUCCGUACGGCGCGCAGCCCUACCCUCACCAGGCAGCCCAGCCCAACCCGGCCAUGCCCAUUCACUACGGUGCGGCGCAGGCUGGCGGCUAUGGCGCCGCUGCUCCUAUGCAACCCCACGCAGGUGCUGCUAUACCUCAACCUCACGGCGCUCACCCAGCUCAGCCCGUUCACGGAGGAGCCAUGCCAGGCGCGCCUUUGACCCAGCAGAUCUACAUCCCCAAUGAUAUGGUUGGAGCCAUCAUCGGAAAGGGCGGGCAAAAGAUCAACGAAAUACGCCAGAUCAGUGGUAGUGUGAUUAAGAUUAACGAGCCGCAAGACAACAGCAACGAACGCCUGGUCACAAUCACGGGCACAGAGGAGUGCAACAGGAUGGCGCUUUACAUGCUCUACUCUCGUCUUGGUAAGCAGAUUGAGGCCAAGAAUCGGAAAAACACCGGAUCUAGCGUUGACGACGUUCAUGACUUUACUGACUAUCAAAUUUUAGUUCGGCAAACCAAAAUUUCGGGCGGAAUGGCACAGUUUCUUUUCUUUCGCGAAACAUCAUCGCCGUGUUUGGGGGAUAUCGGAUUGGUCUCUAGCGACAUCUACGCCGCGAGACCCCGGCUACAUCUGGAAAGGGGGACUGGUCUCGAUCAGCUUCGGCAGAUCAAAGGUGCUUUUAGAGGAGGUACUACUUUUAAUAGUGCACUACUCUCUUUUACUUCAUCCAUUCUCCAGCACAUCUUGACUUCCUGCCCACUCUCAUCACUAUCACCGUCGCGCGCCCCAUCGGUCGCCGCCCUGUUCGGCCCUGCUUGUCGUCCUAUCACCCUCACUCACACAGCCCUGACGGUUAUGACAGCCUUGACCCCUAGAAUAUCGUGA